AUGGGUGACAAACGACUCAACGACCUCCUGCGAUGGAGCAUCGAACACAUGGAGGCCGACUCGCCUGUAAACCAGCCCACCAACGAAUCCCGGCCGCCACCCACGACCAACCUGACCCCGGAGAUCAUGGCGGCCCUCAUGGGCGGCCCCUCCGACGCCGAGCUGAUGAAGGCGGCCAUGGAGAUCAUCAACGACCCCGAGGUCAGCCUGGAGAACAAGCUCAUCGCCUUUGACAACUUCGAGCAGCUCAUCGAGAACCUCGACAACGCCAACAACAUCGCCAACCUCGACCUCUGGACCCCGCUGCUCGACCAGCUGCGCCACGAGGAGAGCGAGAUGCGCAAGAUGGCCGCCUGGUGCGUCGGCACGGCCGUCCAGAACAACGCCCGCACGCAGGAGCGCCUGCUGGCCAUGGGCGGGCUGCCCUCGCUGGUCGAGAUGGCGCUCAAGCAGGAGGAGCCCGAGGACGUUCGGCGCAAGGCCAUUUAUGCGCUGAGCUCGGCCGUCAGGAAUUACCAGCCUUCCAUGGAUACCUGCACGGACGAGCUGAACAAGCGGGGAUUUGCUACUGCGUCCAAAGUCGACGCUGCCGAUAUGGAUGCCGUUGACACCGUUAUUCACGGCCUCAGAGACCAUGUCAAGAAUACGGCUCCUGCGACUUCAUCAUAA